AUGGAGAAACCCGAAGAAAAACCAAAAAAUGCGAAGGCUGGUAUGGCCAAGGAUGCUGCAGAGAAGCCACCAAGAAAGACAAAGAAAACGAAGGAGACCGAAAACCCCACGGAGACCUCGAGCCUACCAAUAUCAGCUCCUGAGACACCUGCUCCGACAAAAGGCCGCAAGAAAGCUGCAAUCGCGGGAGCUUCAGAGGCUCCAGCUCCGAAAGAAAAGAAGACUAGGCAAAGCAAAGCAACAAAAGCCAAGGCUUCUGAUGCAGAUGCUGGCCCAAUUGUCAAUCCAAUAAAUAUUCAGGACAUUGUGAAUUCAAUAGCACGUGCCUCGGAGGAGUUGGCUAAACAGAAUAAUACCAAUACUGAGGUGAAUUCGGUUAACACUUCCCAGUCGUCCAUUUCACUGGCCCCCCCUGUAAUUACGACCACGAAAGGUGGUGUGUCAUCUAUUCCGCUUUGCCAUGCUUGCUCUGGUUCCUUUCAUCCCCUGUAUCAAUGCCCAACGGUGCUGGCAGGCCAGGAAGCGAUACAGAAUAGAAUUGAGGAAUUGAGGAAAGCAGGGGCAAAGAAGUAUCAAGUCACUAUCAAAGAUUUGGAGUCGUUGUUAAAGUCCCCUAGCGCUGCAGUGCCUUCCGCAAAACGCGGCGCUGCAGAUACUGCGAAGCCAUCACGGACUACGAUAGCAGAUAAGGAGUCUCCACCUUCUUGGACGCCCCUUGUGCCAAGUCACUCGCUACUUUCAGAGGUGACUGUGGAGAGCCGCGACGAAGGAAGCAGUUCGGAGGAAGAAGACGAGAUUGCUCAAGAACAAGAACAAGAGGAGCAUGGACCUGACCCCGGUCAGCGUUCGCUCGAAGACGUUGAUUUGGACGCCAUCAUGCGAGGUCCGGGGUCAAUCAAGCUUCGUAACUUGAUCGAUACCUUGGAGUCGAAAGAGGAUGAAUCAGACACCGAGAACGAAGACGACGACAUCGGACCUCUGGAAGUGGAAGAUGAUGGCGAGAAUGAGCGGAAAUACCGUCGAUUAUCGCAGCGCUGGGUCAAUUCAUCUGAAGAGGAAGGGGAUGAAGACGACGAGAGCGAGCAGCGCUCAAUAUCCCCGCCGAUACAAAAGGUUUCCGAGCCAUUGCCUUCAACUGCCACGCCAAAACCUUCUGCAGGUCCUGAUGAGACGUCCAAUGCUACAGACCCGGCUGGAAGCAAGAAAGACGGUGUGCAAGGUGCUUUUCACACGAAUGCCACCCGCGUUUCUGUGUCAAAGGUUCAGGAUAGCGACAAUGACUCGGCCAAAGAUGCUGGGGAAGCACCUGUGGCUGCAGACCUGGACAAAGCAUCGGAUACAUCACCUGCCCGUGGUGCUGCGCUCUCUCGUAAUAAAGUCGACACUCACGAUGACCCUAUUGAACCAGCCGACGAUCUGAUGGAAUUUCAGCACGUGAUAUCAUCUGAUAAUGAUCCCAUCGAAGUUAUAACGCCGCCAACUCAGAAAACUGCAAGACCACCUUCCCCAGCAGCCCACUCGACUCCAAAGUCCGGCAUAGUAAAACGGAUGAAGGAUCGACACGGGCAACUUCUCAGCCCGUCUCAGUUUCCUGUACGUGCUGAUGAAUCCAAGGUCAAUGGAUCCCAGAGAGCAGGCGCUGAGGGGAAGAAGAAUACUGCCACUCGGACAGGCAAUGAUAAACCGUCGAUCCGCGGCGGUAAGGCAGCAACACGGACAGAUCUCCCUCGCAUCUCUUCGCAACCAACGAAAAGGAGCACAAAUUUGAACGGCCAUGGCGUAACACCGUCACAUUCGCAACCUUUAUCGAAACCUCCAGCUUCUCUUGCCAAAUGGUCUUCCCUUCGUGUACCUUCGCCGUCUAUUUUGGUGGAAGAACUUGAUAGUUCUCCCACUGGACAGGGUGGCAAACUUGCUGGCAAAGCAUCUGAUCAACACAGCCCGGGAGAACAUUCUGAUGAUGAUUCAGCAGGCAAAGCCGGCGGGUCACUUUUCACGUUGCCGGCGAGCCAAGUACCCUUUCCACACUCGCAGUACAAGGCAUCUAUCCAGAAACACAUGGAGGUAGUUUCGGACUCGGAAUCUGAAUCCGAGGCGGAGGCCGGAGCCGAGAAGAGGAAGACGACCAAUGCUAAAACGCGCAGAUCGAUACCACCCUACCGCAGACUGACGGAUAUCGCGAGUCAAGCAACGCUUUUCUCGCAAAGUAAUCCUGUCGCACCUCGUGCGGGCACCAUAGUUAACGGUAUGGGAGGGCAGGUGGAUGAUGAUGAUGACGACGACGAUGACGACGAUUCGUCAUCUGAAUCUGAUAACGAGGGCCAGUCGCACAUCCCACAAGCGAACAGGGCAGGGAAGCUCCGCUCGAAAAAGACUAAGGGACUUUUAGCGUCUAUGGUUUAUUGAUGAUCUCGUUCACGGCCUCCCAUAUUACUUUUUUCUUCUACAUACUUGCGCUGAUAGAAUUCGUUUCUCUUUUGUGUACAGUUAAUGAAGCAAACAAGAGUAUCCUAGGAAA